AUGAACUUGUUCAGCCAUGAUGAAAUUAAUUUAUUGGAGGUAUCCUAAUAGAGGAUUGCUAAGACUUAAAAAUGUAAUUGCUGAUUAAAAUAAGAUGAUGAUAUAUAAUUCAAUGGAAGGAUAUCUUUCUCCUUUUAAUUUAAAUAUAUGAGAAGAGUUUGAAAAUUUUCAUCAUAUCCAUAAUUAAUAGAUCCUUCUUACAUUAUUAUAUGAUGAAUUUGAUAUAGAAUAAUUUAUAAGUGAUGGAUUAAUUUUAGAACAGUUUCCUUUGCAUGAUGUAGAAGAAAAAGAAUUAAUCAUUAAAUUUUGGAAAAAUGAAAGAAUAAAUAUUUUAUUUGAACCAUUUCAAUUAAAAAAAUCUACUAGUCGUACUUUUUGUACCUUAUCAACUUAUUUUGGACCAGAAGUUGGUAUGUUUUUUGUAUUUUUAUUUUUUUUUUCAACUUGGCUAUUUUUGCCAGCUAUUCCAGGAUUAAUCUUAGGGAUCAUUUAAUUUUUUGAUGAAGAAGCUAUUUCAGCAAUUGCUCCAAUUAAUACUUUAUGUAUGGCUGUUUGGGCAACCAUAUUUUUGAAUUUUGGAAGAGAAAAUAAAGUGAAACUAUGUAUAAUUUUGAUAUGCAUAUGGUAAAGGAAUAAAGAAGAAAUAUUCCAUAAUUUAAAGGAUCUUUUAUAAUAGAAGAUGUAACACAUACAAUAGAAAUAAUGGACACUUGAAAUGUAUAAUGGAAAUACUUAAAAUCUAAUACUCCUUUAGUUAUUUUAAAAUUGGUCUUUAUUUCUGGAUAAUAGACUGGAUAUUAUUAUCUUAAACAGAUUAAUUAGGAUGAUGAUGUUUAUUAAACUCUAUGGGCUUGUCUUUUAGCAUUAACAGUUUUAAUAAGAAAUGAAAUUUUCAAUUUCUUUUCCAAACACACCCUAAUUUAUGAGAAUUAUCAAUUCCAAGAUGAAAGAGAAAAUGUUUAUAUCUUAAAAGUAUUUGCUUUCACUUUUCUAAAUUCUUUUGGUAGACUUUUUUAUAGAAAUAUAAUAAAACCUGAUAAAGAUGAGUUACAUCUAUUUAGUAUUUCCUUUACUAUAAAAUUGUUUUUUGUUCAUCUUAUUAGGUAUACUAUUUAUCCAUGGAUAUCCUUUAUUUUCAUUAAAUUAAAAUUCAAUAGGGACUUCAAUAAAUAAAAAUAAUUAAACAAUAAUAAAUAAACAACUAUUUAAUAAAAAAUAGGAGAUACUGAAACUAGUGGAAUGAAUAAAAAAUUUGAUAAAGGAAUAUCUUCUUCUCAAUAUUUUCUUUAGUAAAUUGAAUUAAAUAAAAGAAUGAUAGACCCACCAGAUUAUGUUGAAUAAUUCACUUAUUUUGUAAUUAUAUAUAAGAUAUAUAAUUAGAUGACUUAAUUUUGUAUGGUUACUAUGUUUAGUGCAGGUUCCUAAAUUAUACCAAUUAUUGUUUUGUUUUUUAAUCUACUCAAUAUUGAAGGAUUGUUGUAUGGUGAGAGAAAAUUCGUCAAAAGACCUUUAGCAGAACCAAAAAAAAUAUAGGAUUUUGGAAUGACAUCUUAUAACUUGUUGGUUAUAUUGGUAUAGUUUCAAAUUGUUUAACUAUUUAUCAAGCAAAUUAAUAAUAGUUAAAUUUAUUAAUUGGAGCUGAUGAAAGUUCUAAUUAAGAUUAAACUAAUGUAAUUUAUUACUAAUAUUAGUUUGGAUUGAGAAAUUUUUUGUUGUUAAUUGUUGCUGAACACAUAGUUAUUGGAAUAAAGUUUGUUAUUGAAGGAGUUAUUCCAGAUGAGCCAUAAUGGGUUGAAUUAGUCUUGAAAAAAGAAGAAUAUCUUUCAGAAUAAAAUAAAUCAAAUAUUAAAAAGAAUGAUUAAUAUAUUAAACCACUAGAAAAUAAAAUUAAAUAGGAUUGA